AUGGCCGCCCCCCAGCCUGCUCCCACGCGGAGUCGUGGUCUCAGUGUGAAAUCCGAGCAGUCGCAAAACUCCGCAAACUCAUCCAAAGGUCACCAGAGAGGUCCCUCGGAAUCAUCGCAAGAGAAACAUCGCCGCAGUCUCCAAACCAAAGCCGACCCUCUUGUCGCUAUGAAUGAAUUGCAGCCUAUUGCCGUGGCCCUGCAGAAAUCAAAUCUGGGCUCUCUGCGUGAGAUCGAGCACAAAGAUCAAUAUGGAAAUGUCAUCACCGAUCCCGACCUGUCAAACCCCACCCGGCCACGUUUCGAGCGCCCCUUAGACACCAUCCGAUCGUUUGAGGCCGCCAUCUACGGAGCCUAUCGCAAUAAUCGUGGUUCGUAUGCCAGAACAGAUGCUGCAUCACAGAUGGGCGACUUUAGCCGCCGAACCAGCUAUUACGGUCCCCAAAAUGGCAACGGCAAUGGCGCCAACGGUUACGGAAAUAGACACGAUCAAGGCCAUUACAGCCAGGCCCAAUCCCGACCAGACAGCAUCAUAAACGCCUAUUCAGGUGCACCGCAAUCUCCCGAAGCUCCCAAUCCAUACCCCUACAACUACCAGAAUGGCAAUGGAAACGGAAACGGAAACUCAAGAAGACGCCCCAAUCACCGCUCCCCAUCGUACCCAGCCUCUCCCUCCUCCCCAACCUCCCCAUCCGAGUACCCCAACAUGGCGCAGAACGUCAACCCACAAUACGGCUAUCAGGCAAACGGUUACCAAACAAACGGUUACCAGGCAAAUGGCUACUUCGACAAUGCCGUUUCCAACAACUCCGGCUCAGACCCACACGGCCAUUCCACAGACCCCAGCUCCAUAAACAGCUCCAACGACCAAUUGCAGCAGCAGGCCCUGCAGCAACAGCGUCUGGACGAGCGCGCCCAGGCCGAAUACGGUUUCUCUGGCUUUGGCAAUAGCAACGUUGCCCAACCUGAUCCUUCGUGGGCCCCAGCCUCUGGUUCUGGGGCACCGGUACCCCAGCCUCCUGUUCAGGCUGCCCGGCCUAGCCCUGUUCGCCAGGAUACAAAUGCGUCUGCCAAAGGAGAUAAGAGGAAGAGUUGGUUCAAGCGCCGCUUCAGCAAGGAUUGA